CGCGGGGUGGCUGCCGGGAGCUGGCUGCACCGAACGCCGAGGGGCCGGCGUCUGCCGCGGUUAAUGUGUCCGCCGGCCGUAUAGGGGCCAUGCCGCCCGGGCCCCGGGCCUUCCCCGCUGUGCGCCCCGGCCGCCGCGCCCCGCGUCCGCGCCGGCAUGGUGAACCUGGCGGCUAUGGUGUGGCGCCGGCUCCUCCGGAAGAGGAGGAGAGGGCAGUGAGAGAUCGGAAUCUCCUCCAGGUUCAAGACCACGACCAGCCCAUUCUGUGGAAAGUGCAGUUUCACCUGGGCAACAGCAGUCGGCCUGGCAACCAGUGCCGGAACUCCAUUCAAGGGAAGCACCUCAUCACGGACGAGCUAGGGUACAUUUGUGAAAGGAAGGAUUUGCUGGUGAACGGCUGCUGUAACGUCAACGUCCCCGGCACGAAGCAGUACCGCUGUGACGGCUGCCUGCCCAACGGCUGCUGCAGCGCUUACGAGUACUGCGUGUCCUGCUGCCUGCAGCCCAGCAAGCAACUUCUCCUGGAGCGCUUCCUCAACCGGGCAGCUGUGGCAUUCCAGAACCUCUUCAUGGCUGUCGAAGAUCACUUUGAAUUGUGUUUGGCCAAGUGCAGAACCUCAUCCCAGAGAUGAAGUGCUAGAAAACCUGGAAUGUUUUCCUCCGUGCUCCCGGAAAUGUUGCUAAAUACCAUGAAAGGCCACCUUCAGAGAGAAGGACCUCAACCGAGUGGAAGCAACAGGAAUUUGGAGUUUUAAACCUACAGCAGAUGCUGAGAAAUGAAGAUUCUGCUGUCUUCCCAUUGUCCCUCAACGGAAGGCUGGGCGUUUUAAUUAGCUAAUGUUGGCAAAUUGCUUUGAAGAAAAUUGUAAAAUGUUUCGUGCUACAAGGUGCCAAGAAUCCUAAUUAGCUUUCCUUAAAGAUCCCACCUGGAAGUGUGAUAUUUUGUUGCUCGAGGUCCAAGCCAGCAAGAAUAACCUGCAGAUCAAAAACUGGUUUUUCGGCAAACAUAACUGAGUAUAAAUGGAUCUCUGCAUCGACGUCACAUUUUCUUCCUUCUGCCUAAUCUGGUUCCUAGCAGCUGGGAUAUUAAACCCCGUAAAUGGAGGUUUUGGGUUUUUUUGUUGUUUUUUUUUUCUUUUUUCCCUAAGAGAGCUCAGUGGCGACGGGGACAUGAAACAAAUUAACCCAUCCGUGUGUUGCGGCCGACGUUGCCUUUUGGAUUUUUUGGCUUGUGCCCCAGGGGCCCUGCCCUGGUGCGUCAAGGUUACAGAGAGGAGGCGGCUGGCAGUCACUCAAUCACAGAGCAGGGCUGGCUCUCAGGUACCCCAGUCCAGGAGAGACGUGUGCAUGCUCUUAACAGCUGGGUAAUGAAUGUGCUCUCCAACAUUCCUGUUUCAUGUGGUGGCAGCGGCCACAGCAGCAGCACCCGACCUGUGUCACCGUCAGAAGCAAGUGAGAUGUAGGUACUAUGGACCUUAGCCACCGACGUGCAUGGAUUUGGAAGCUCCAGGCUCUGAUGAAGUCCUUGCCAAACUG